GCCACAGCCAGCUGUACAUAGGUCAUUGAGAAGCUAGCUAGAUACAGCGAUAUUACAGGGUAGUAGACAUAGAGCCAUAAGAAAGAGCAAAGUGCCUUAUUUCCCUGCUCGGUGAACCCCUUCAGUCUGAACACAAGAAGAUGGCUGAUAAAGUGGCUGACUUUCCCAGUGGCCCGCUGGAUAUCUACAGGAACAAAGCCUCUUUCAACUGGAAGGAAAUGCUCUGCUUCUUAGACGGAGAGGAAAUCAUUGCAUUCAAGCAACAAGUGUUCAAGGCACUUGAGAAUGACCCUCUGUUUGCACGUCGGCCCGGCGAAGACGUCCCUCUCGAGAAAAUGAGAGAGCUGACCUUCCUCAGGGCAAAGCAGCUCUUCCGCUAUGACUUCCUGACAAAAGAAGAGGUGAUGGCUAACCCCUGGAUGUCUAUAACGCUCAGUGAUUGCCUGGGCAUGUACGACUGGGCCUUGGGGGCCAAGUACUUUCUCAACAAAGGGAUGUUUGGAGCGACUAUUGCCAACUCCGGAUCAGCGAGACACAGCAAAUACGUUGAAAACACUGAAGACAUGAGGACGUUUGGAUGCUUUGGACUGACUGAGCUGAGCCACGGCAGCAACACCAGAGCCAUGAGGACCACAGCAACAUAUGACCCCUCCACCCAGGAGUUUGUGAUCAACUCUCCGGACUUUGAGGCUGCCAAGUUCUGGGUGGGGAACAUGGGUAAGACUGCAACCCACGCUGUGGUGUUCGCUCAGCUCUACACGCCUGACCAGGUGUGCCACGGUCUGCACUCCUUCGUUGUGGCGUUGAGAGAUCCCAAGACCCUGCUAGCUCUGCCUGGUGUGCUGGUUGGAGACAUGGGCAAGAAGCUGGGCCAGAAUGGACUGGAUAAUGGGUUUGCUUUGUUCCAUAAUGUGAGGAUCCCUCGGGAGAAUCUGCUGAAUAAGACGGGAGAUGUUACUCCUGAUGGUCGCUACGUUACACCAUUUAAGGACCCCAACAAGCGUUUCGGGGAGUCUCUGGGUGCCCUGUCAGGUGGCAGGGUGUCCAUCACCAGGAUGGCUUUGGUCAACCUGAAGCUUGCUCUGACUAUCGCCACCCGCUUCUCAGCCACCAGGAGACAGUUUGGACCCAAAAACACAGAGGAGAUUCCUGUUUUGGAGUACCAGUUACAGCAAUGGCGUCUGAUUCCGUACCUGGCAGCAGCGUAUGCUCUUGAACACUUCUCCAAAUCCAUCUUCAUGAACUUUGUUGAGUUCCAGAUUGGACAGAUGAUGAGGGAGAAGAGCGACAGACAAGCAGAGAUGGGCAGGGAGAUCCAUGCUAUAGGCUGCUCCAGUAAACCGCUGGGCUCAUGGAUUGCUCAGAGAGGGAUUCAGGAGUGUAGGGAGGCCUGCGGUGGACAUGGAUAUCUGGCCAUGAACCGGCUGGGUGAUCUGCGUAAUGACAAUGACCCAAACUGCACAUAUGAAGGAGACAACAACGUCUUGCUGCAACAGACCAGCAACUAUCUGCUCAGCUGGCUCCAUGCUAAACACCGUGAUGGUGUGCGCAUUGAGUCUCCUCUUCACACUGUGGAUUUCCUGGAUGAUUCCCACAAGAUCCUGGAAAGCAGGUUCACAGCAAGAACGAUGGAGGAGUGUAUGGACUCUGCAGUGCCACUGGCAGCCUAUAAGUGGCUGGUGUGUUUCCUGCUGGAAGAGAGCCAGAAGAGGCUGGAGCAGGAGAUGGCCUCGGGAAAGGAGGAGUUUGAGGCCCGUAACAACAGCCAGGUCUACUACUGUCGCUCCCUGGCCAUGGCCUACAUAGAACACAACUGCCUCCAGAGGUUUCAUGAGCUGACUACUGAUACGGACACACCAGCUGGUCUCAGACCUGUACUAAGCAAGCUGUGUGCCCUGUAUGGGCUGUGGAGCCUCAGCAACCACAUGGCCACACUCUACCAGGGUAAUUACUUGAGUGGAAGGAAGCCCACAGACUUGGUCCAGAUGGCCAUUAUCACUCUCUGCUCCCAGCUGAAGGAUGAUGCAGUAGCAUUGGUGGAUGUUUUGGCACCUACUGAUUUCAUUCUCAACUCACCUAUUGGCAACGCUGAUGGACAGCUUUACAAGAACCUGUGGUCGACAGUGAUGCAGGGCAGCCAGGUGCUGGAACGGCCUUCCUGGUGGAAAGAGUUCUGCUCAGACAAGCCGGUGGUCGGAUCCCUCCGUCCAAAACUCUAGAACCCACUCAACAACCUCACUUUACCACAUUCUAAGUGCAAUCUAGAAUAUAAUGUCCAUACACCAUACACCCAGAUUGUAAAAGGUGGAAUUUCAGUGUCUUUUUUUUAAUUUUCUUUUAUUAUAAAGCAGUUCAAGGUCCUAUAUAAAUACUGUUGAAGUAUCAAAACACUCAAUCCACAGAGAAAUGCACAAUUCAGAAACUGUAUAUACACAAGUAUACAGACGAACAGUAUGAGAAAAAUAUGUUGUUUGAACAUUAAAGCAUUUACAAGUAUGAACCAGAAAAGGAGCAUAAUAUGGGACCUUUCAAAAACCUUCUUGCAAAUGUCAACAUUGUUCCAUUAGAGGCUAAAUGAUGUGCUCCUUAUUCUUCAACACGGUCUGGCCUGAGCUUGUAAGCUAAAAAGAAAGACCCAAAGUCUUCCAGAUGUCCUCAGGCUUCCGUGUUCUUUUCUUCGUCCUUUCAGUAAUUACAUAAUAUUAAUAAUACAUUUUAAAAUCAUUUGGCAUAUUUUAUGUCACUAAUAGAAAGGAUGACUUUUUGAAUUUCAGUUUGCCUUUAAAUAAUAAAUUUUUUUGGUAUUUCACCACUCAUGUAAAUGCAAUAAUAACCAUUAUAAUUUUAGUUAAAAUUAUAUUUUUAUAAUAACUUUCUGGAUAUCAGGUUUAAUGAAAACCUUUGAGUGUCACAUUAAUUCAAUGACUGACCAUCACUAUCAGCUGUUCUAUAACAUGCAAACUCUGAUUAUGUGAAUUAUACAUGUGAACAGUGUAGUAAUGUAAUUUUAAAAUAGCAUGAUUCCAGUGCAGUUAUGUUUCAGUUAUAUUUUAAAAUUGUCAUUAUGGCCAUACCAAGGAUCAUUAAAAGUGAAUACCAACCAAGGGCUUCUAGGUAACACAAUGUAACUUUAAAGUGUUAACAUAACUAUCUUUAGUAUAUAUGGUAAAUGAGUCAGUGUGAAUUUUAGCUGUUAUAAUGAUUAGAAAUAAGCCUGUAGUUGUAUAUAACAUAUAUAUUUUUAUAUAUAAUAUUCAAGUUUUAGAGAAGGUGUAAGAUCUGAAGUUGUAGAAACACAUUUACGAAACUCAAAUCUAGUGUUAUUAAGUGUUACACUUAUAGUUCAGAGUUUCAGACUGAUUGCUUCUUUGAUUGCGUAUUGAAAAGCAUUUCUCUGUUGUAUUGGCUGCAAUAUUUCACCGUUCACAUAAUUUGUGCACACAUGUUAUUUACACAUUCUCAAUUUUGUUUCCAUACAGCCUUUAUGUACAGGUUUACAAAGUUAAGUUAUAUACAACCACAGGCUUUCUGUGUUUUUUUUUUCUGAACACAUUGACACAUUGACAUGCAACAAUCAGAAUGACCCUUACUGGAGCCUAUAUAAUUGUCUCAACAAGCAACCUCAUAAUUAGAUUUUUUUUUAGAUUUAUUGUAUUUCAUAGUUGAAUGAUGUGAAAUGUAUCUUAUGGGAUGUAAUAUUCUAAUAAAUGUGAAAAUUGCGUGGAUUUUAAGUUUUACAUGACCCUGUAAAGAAUGAUCACAUUUCUUGUAAACACAAUACAAAUAAAUACAUUUUCCGUACAACCGAAAA